AUGCGUGGGUCCGAAACCCGGCUGUGCUGCAGAAUCGCCGCCACCCGCCUCUGCCUCGCCUCCUCCCUCACCCUCUCCCGCCUCCUCCUCCCCUCCUCCUCCCUCGCCCUCUCCUCUUCCUCCUCCCGCCUCACUCCCUUCCCAAUCCUCCCACAUCCAUCCGCCCCUUCUUCCUCCCGAGCCCCUGCCUCCCCACUCCCUCCUUCGCUCUCUCCCCCCCACCCUCUCCCCCCUCGAUCCACCCGUGCAACCAACAGCAAGACACAUGAGACGCCAACCACAGCAGCCACCCUCCCCAGCAGCAGAAACGAAAGCCCUCUCCAGCAGGGAGGGGCGAGGGACUGGUGGCAGAUGCAGCAUGCAGGGAGAUGGAAAGACCUACUGCCAGCCGCGCUGCUCCACCCCGCCGCGCCCUCCCUCGUGGCCUCCCUCGCGUGCGCUGCCGCUGCCGCUGCUAGUGCUGUCAAAUACGUCCGCCCUCAGAUGACCCUCCCCCUCGUAAGCCUCGCUACUAGCACCGACUCCAAUCCCGCCGCACCCCUCGUCUAA